AUGAUCGCUUUUGGUCCGCGGCCACUUAUUCUUCAGGUCCAAAAGUUUGUUUACUUCUCUGGAGACCGUCUUUAUUUCUGCCAUCCGUGGAUACUGGACGGUCUGGAGUUACAACUUUUUGCCCUUCCAUUUACACCGAGUGUCCCGAAAGAUCUUCCUCCCAUGUAUUGCUGCCUUGGCGUCAAUCCGGCAGCAGACGGCUCAGCUUAUUUUGAAUACGGAAACAUUAAGAUACUAAGCAGUGUCUGUGGACCAACAGAACUGAAACAAGAAGGCCAGCUAACGACCUCCUUUAAAUUCGCUCCCUUCGCCUCCCAGAUUAGGAAGGAAAGUGGUCGAGAUUCUGAGGAAAAGAGACUAAGUCAACUCCUCCUUAGUGCGCUGGAGCCAUCAAUUGCACUGCAUACCUUCCCUCGUGGUAAAUACCAGAUAAGUGUACUGGUAUUGGAUGAUGGAGGCGUGCCCAGCUAUCAGGCCCCAUCCGCUUGCCUAUCUGCUGGCAUAACCUGCGCCAGUCUGGCUUUAGUUCAUGCCGGUGUUCAGAUGUACGACAUGGUCGUGGCCCUGACUUCUAAUCCUCUGGAUACCGAUUCUUCUCCCAACGCCGCCUCCUUCUCCAUUGCCGUCAUGCCCCAGCUGGGCCAAAUCACAAUGGUUAAUUCCACAGGCCUCGCUCAUGGCCCUGCCCUUACUUCCUCUCUUAGAACUAUCCUCGAGGGAGUUUUGGAGAAAGCCAAGCGCAUGCAUUCAGUCAUUCUGUCCUUUUUGUCAUCAUCACUGGAACAGGAGAAAGAUUCAUCAUCCCCUGAGUGA